CGAUGUAUCGGUACACUAAUGUUUGUGGUUGCUAAGAGACUCAAUAUGGGCCGAACUUCGGUUGAAUAUAUUUCAUUCAGCGAGAUUUUGUAGCUAAAAGAACUUUGUCAGCUUUCUUAGUUUUCUAGCCAGGUAUGCUUUUGAACUUGUUAGCUAACUAAGCUUACGUGAAAAUGGCAACUGUAUCAUCUCCUGUUAAUAUUAUACAUUAUGAGAGAAGGAAAGGAUCCGACAAGAAUUAUGUUGUACAUGAAACAAUUACUCCAAUCAAAGCCCCAGAUCUCCGCCAAGUCAUAGUAUUACCAAAAGCUGAAUGGCUCCGGAUUCAAGACAACUUGAACCAUGUCAACAAACAAAAAGACAGCCUCAAGGAACUGUUGAAGGAACGAGAAGUUCUGCACCUGCGUUCCAAAGAAGUGGUUAAGCUGUGGUCCAACACAGUUACUGGACAAAGGCAAAAGAAGAUGGAAGCAAAAAAAAUUCAAGAAGAGAUUGAAGAGGAGGAAAUGAAACAGAUUGAUUUAGAAGAGGCAAAAUACAAGGAACAAAAGAGGAAAGAGGCUAUCGACAAAGCCAAAACCCAGCAGUACUACCAGAUGGAUCGUGUCAGACGGUUUCAUAGUGGGCUGCUGCUGACGGAGGUGUUGAAGGAACGAGAGGCCCAACUGGAGCUGAAACAAAAGAAGCUGAAUGCAUCCAGAGACCUGGACAGGGAUGUCAUGGUUGCACUCAGGAGGAAGGAUGAGGAGGAUAGGCAACAGGAGCAGCACAGUGCAAAGCAAAGGAGGCUAAAAAACAAAGUGCUGGCCGAAGAUCUGAGACAACAAAUAAAGGAGAGCGAAUUCAAGAGAAACCAAGAAAAGCUUGAAAACAAGAAAGAGGCAGAGCAGCUCCAACAUCUUAAAGAGCUGUACGACCAAGAGAGGAGUAGCCAUGAGCAGGAACAGAAGGAGCAGAAAAGGCGCAACAUGAACGCGUACAAAGAGCAUAUGUCCACAAGAGACCUUCAAAGAGCAUUAGAUGCACAGAGGGAGGAGAUGGAAGAGGAGCGCAGGAGAAUCUUUGCUGCUGCAAAAGAAAAAAUGAUGACGCUGAGGAAGGAGAAGGAAGCAGAGAUGUUUAGAGAAGUGCAGCAGCACAAGGAGGCAAUGCUGGAGAGCCUCACUGUAAGGCAGAAGGAAGAGGUCAGCAAUGAAGAGGAGCUUAUUGCGAAUGCCAUUGCCCAGAGGGAGGCCAGGCUGGCACAGGAGCAGAAGGAGAGGGAUGAAAAGAAGAUGGCCAUGCUCAGUGCCAUCACUUUGCACCGAGAAGCCAAGUACAAAGAACAGGAGGAGAAGGAGAGGGAAGAAAAACAGAAGAAUCUAGAUAUGCUUCAUGUACAGAAAAAAGUUGACAGAAUCUUUGCUGAAAAACAACAGCUGAAGGCACAAAAAAAGAAGGAUGACUGUAAAACUCUACAAGACACCCAUGUCCACCAAAUGGCUGAAAGGCAAGCCAAGAAGCAUCUUGAGAAGACCGCAGAAAUGGAAUUUAACAGAAAAAAUGCAGCACAUUUUGCCGAUGAGGAGAAAUGGUUUCAAAUCUAUACCCAAGGAGUGAUUGACAGAGCUGCGGAAGCAGGAAGAAAUACGUACCCACUGCAGAAGGUUGCCAGAAAGGGCACUGGGGGAGGUUUGGGGCCUAUCAUUGGAAGUGUGAGACCAAGCUAUUUGGUCCAUGAUAACACUGGGGUUGAGUUGCCCACUUAUAUUUCUAAGAGAACCCAGAACAUCAAAGAGCGUCACGCAACAACCGAUAUACAGAAAGCAAAGAAAAGAUUAGGCUUUACAACAAACAGCUGUCCAUCACGGUAAUUUGCAAUGGGUAUAAAUAAUAUGCAGAUGUUGACAAUUCAGUACAAGAAAAUACAGUCCGAACGGUAAUAAAAUGUUAGAAAAUUGAUGGUGGCAGAACUGUAUAACUGUUUUAGGGUAGAAUAAUAUUUUAGAAAUCCCUGCAUGGAAAUUCACAAUUAUUUUACUUUAUUUAGCAUGUGCUU